AAAUAUCAUUCAUGUUUUGGUGGAAUGGAAGCUGCUGUCUCCACCUCCAAGGCUAUGACUUUUGCACACAAUAACUCUCCUUUCUCAAUUGGUUGUUUCUUUGUUUCUUUUGUAAAUUGAAAUAAAGACACACAACACAACACAACACACCCCUCUUUUAAGUUUAAUCUCUCUUCUCUUCUCUUGCCUUCACAAUUCUCAUUUUCCCAUCUCAUUUUUGUUUCUGAUAUCAUCGUUUCUCCACCACCCCACCAACACAAACACCCUCUAUUCUUUAUCUCCCUUUUCCAUUCCUCUACCCAAGGUGUGAAAACGGGUCUAUAAAGCAAAAAAAUUCAUAUGGGGUGUGGUGUUUUUCAGUUUUGCUUGUUCUUCUCUUAGUGAGUCAUCGGUUUGAUUUUCUGAUAGAUUGGCCUUGUUUCAUCCACACACCAUUUGCUAACUUAGUGCAUCCGUUGCUGCUUUAUUGAGGAAUUCCUUUCACAUAUCUAGCUGUAUUGAGCUGGGAAACUUGUAGAUUUCUUCAAUGCAAGGGCAGAGAGGUACACUUGGUUCCUUGGCUGAAACACUAGAAUUUGAGUUUGAGUAUGGACCUACUCAAGGUACUGCUGCAGCAGAUCAGCAUAGUUUCUGGAAUAAUAUACUUUCCCCCACUGAUAUGAAUCCAUCUUAUAUCAAUUCUGUCAACCAUGAAUGGCAAAACUUGAGUGGAUGGAGCUUAGGUGAGCCCAGUUCCAGUAAUACUCUGAAUGAGGUUAACACCAAUGAGCAGAAAAGGGAGCUAGGAUUAUCUUCUUCAAUGAAUGCUGGUGCUAUAGGUGGUCCAAGACUGGAACAAAGGCGCUUGGAACCAACCAACGCUUUUUCAUUGGACAAUGUCAACUCAAGUCCUAUGUAUAUAAGCAACUCCAAUUCUCAUUUGGUGUCGCAGAAUCUCAACUUAAAUGCUGGUUUGCCAGAUAGUGGCAGUGGUAAUAGCUAUCAUGUGGAGCAUCCAAACUUGCACAAGUCUAGUGUACCUAAUGUACCGGUAAAUGAGCAUAUUCCACCUGCUAUUGGUUCUGGUUCUUUUCUGCAACCGUCUGGAAGUAACAACAUGUUUGUUGAGGAUACUGAUGGUAGGCCAGGUUAUUCUCUUGACACCCGUCGUGUAUCUUGUAAAAGAAAGGCAAUUGAACGAAGUGUUGGACAAUCUUCAGAUGGCGGAAGUUCUGGCUAUACUCAGCAUACAGAUGGUAGCGCAUGGAACAUUCUUCCUACUCAGGAUUAUGCAGGGAGCAUUUUUAACAGAUCUGCACCAGCAGAACAGGCCAAUGCAAGACUUGGACUGAGUAUGGGGGGUGGAGCCUCUGAAAGCAUUCCUGAAUCAAAUGUUGCAGGAAGCUCAGAAAGCUUCCACAGAAAUUUCCGUUUGAGGGUGAAUCCUUCAAGCCAACAAAUUCCUGUUCCUCCCACUACAUUCUCGAAUGGGAGUGUGAUCAGGAAUUCUGCUGUUCCUUCAUCCCUGCCAGUAUUCCAACGGUUUCAUCCUGUUGAUAAUUCUCAGGACUUGAGGCCAGUACCACCGGCAGUACGACCGGCUGAUGCCAUGAUUCCUCAAAGCCAGCCCCUUCGGAUUCGUGAUUUACAAAGAAAUAUAGAGUCAUUCAGGCGGAGUGGUGGUUCUAGCUCAACAAACAACCAUUCACCGAACCCUGUUAUAUCUGCAAACAGGGAUCCUCGGCCGAAUGAGGAAGGGAGCUCAAGAAAUAUGCCUCGGAACAUUUUAGAACACCCAGUCUUCGUACCUCCUACCAAUAUAAGAAAUGUGGUUCGAAAUCCAACUAGAGCUCCAAGUAGUGCAAAUGUAAGCAUUCCUGGAAAUGUUGCUCCUUCAAGCAUUCCUGGAAAUGUUGCUCCUUCAAGCAUUCCUGGAAAUGUUGCUUCUUCAAGUAUUCCUGGAAACAUUGCUCCUGCAAGCAUUCCUGGAAACAUUGCUCCUGCAAGUGUUCCUGGAAAUGUUGCUCCUUCAAGUAUUCCUGGAAACGUUGCUCCUUCAUUGCGGACUGGUUUAAAUUCAACUAUUAAUUCAUCAGCUGCCUCGGCUUGGGUUUCUCGUCCCAAUCCUCAGCAGUAUCCUCGUAGGUUAUCUGAAUAUGUUCGUCGGUCCUUAUUUUCCCCUGGUUCUGAAGCUGCUGGAAGUCCAAGCAAUAACUAUUCUUCUUUGCAUGGUCCUCCUACUUCAUCUGAAUCAAGGGGACCGUCAUCUGGGGUUAACCCAGGAGCAGCUUCAUGGUUGGAGAGGUCAGCUGAUAGUGAGUUUGGAAUUCCCCAAUCCUUACGAUCUUUGGCUGUUGCCGGUGAAGGAGGCAAUAGACUUGUAUCUGAGCUCCGCAAUGUAUUGGGCCUCAUGCGUAGGGGUGGGAACCUGCGACUUGAGGAUGUUAUGAUCCUCGACCAGUCAAUGUUUGCUGGAAUUGCUAAUAUUCAUGACCGACACAGGGAUAUGCGACUUGAUGUCGAUAACAUGUCUUAUGAGGAAUUAUUGGCUCUGGAAGAACGCAUUGGAAAUGUGAAUACUGGAUUGACUGAGGAGACCAUAAUGAAACUUCUGAAACAGAAGAAAUAUUCGGCUGAACCAGGAUCUCAGGGUGAUGCAGAACCCUGCUGUGUUUGUCAGGAGGAGUACAAUGAUGGAGAUGAUAUCGGAUCGCUCAAUUGCGGGCAUUUUUACCAUACUGGGUGUAUUAAACAGUGGCUAAUGCAUAAGAACCUGUGUCCCAUUUGUAAGACAACAGGGUUGGCAAAAUGAGACUUGUCUCAAAUAUUUUCUCUUAAAAGAUAAACAUGUAGAUUGAGAUUUAGCCUUUGCUGCCUAUUUAAUGGCCCUUUACCCGAAUUUGUGAUUAUCAUUUUUUGUCUAUUUUCCCAAGCCAAUGAUCUCGAUUAAGGACAUGAGAGAAUUGGUGUGGAUGGAGGAGCAUUUGUUAACUAUAGCUGAUAAGACUUGUGUUUCAUUUAUGAAAUUUUUACAUGACUUAUCUUAUUUA